AUGGCUACGUCUACCUCUCCAUUCCCCUCCACUCGUCGAGUAGUGACGGGCCACAAUGAAGAAGCAACUGCCAUUGUGAGCCGGAACAAUACACUCUCAACUCAACUAAGAGAUACCGGUUUUGGAUUUGCCCGCCUCUGGACAACAGAAGAACACCCUGCCGACAUAGUCUCGUUGCAGGAUAAAGCACUGCAGAACCCAGGGCUCGCUCCGAAGGGAUCAACAUUCGUUAUGUUUGAUAUUCCUCCAAGAUCUAAAACGGCUUUGCACCGCACAGCCACGAUUGACUAUAUUGUGGUUCAGAAGGGCAAGGUUACGCUUGGCCUUGACGACGGCUCACGGACUUUGCUUGAAGAGGGUGAUGUUAUGAUUCAACAGGGUACAAUGCAUAGCUGGGAAAACGAGACUGAUGAAUGGACGAGGCUCAUCUCGGUUAUGAUAGCCGCACAAGGGGUGAUCAUUAAUGGCAAAGUUUUGCCGAGUCAAUACUGA